CUGGCAGCAGCUGCAGUGUGAGUUUGAAUAAAGUUGUGUGAGAGACAGCAAUGGCGGUGUCUAGGAUGUGGAGUUGGUUGCUGCCGCUGGUCAUCGGUGUGACUCUCUUCAAGUGUCUGCUUAUCCCGGCUUAUUACUCAACAGAUUUUGAAGUCCACAGAAACUGGAUGGCCAUUACUUACAGUUUACCUAUGUCAAAGUGGUAUUAUGAAGAGACCUCAAGGUGGAGAUUGGAUUAUCCACCUUUUUUUGCAUGGUUUGAAUACUACCUUUCUUACUAUGCACAAUUUUUCGAUAAGGAAAUGCUGGUUGUCAAGAACUUGAAUUAUGCCAGCGACGCAACUGUACUGUUUCAGCGGCUUUCAGUGAUCUCCGCGGACAUGGUGUUCAUUUUUGGAGUAGUAGCGUGUUGUCAGAAUAUAAAAAGAACAAAAGAAUCAAAGGAUAUAUUGGAGAAGCCAGACUUCAUACUUGCAGUGCUGUUGCUUUGCAACUUUGGAAUACUGAUUAUUGAUCAUAUUCAUUUCCAAUACAACGGCUUCUUAUUUGGCAUGUUGUUUCUUUCAAUUGUAAAGAUGUUUAAGGGAAGACCUGUGGAUAGUGCUUUAAUAUUUACAAUCCUGAUGAACUUUAAACACAUCUUUAUUUAUGUGGCUCCUGCCUAUGGUAUUUACCUGCUACGUUCAUACUGCUUCGCUGAGAAUAAACCAGAUGGAUCAGUCCAGUGGAGAAGUUUCAACUUUCUGCGGUUUAAUGUCUUGGGAUUUAUAGUCUGUGCUGUUUUUGCUGUUUCAUUUGGACCCUUCAUAGUCAUGGGUCAGCUGACUCAGGUGCUUGCACGACUUUUCCCCUUCCAGCGAGGCCUCUCUCAUGCAUAUUGGGCCCCAAAUUUCUGGGCUCAGUACAAUGGAGCGGACAAAGUACUGUCUGUCAUUGGUGUGAAGCUGCAGUUACUGGCUCCCGCCAACAUUUCAAACGCAUCAAUGACAGGAGGCUUAGUACAGAAGCACCUACAUGCCGUCUUGCCUUCAGUGUCACCAUUGGCAACCUUGGUCUGUACAUUGCUGUCAAUCACGCCUGCUCUUUGUAAUAUUUGGCUGAAACCUCGAGGACCUAGAGGAUUCCUUCAGUGCCUGAUUCUUUGCGCAUUGGGUUCAUUCAUGUUUGGCUGGCAUGUUCAUGAAAAAGCCAUUCUCAUCUCUAUACUGCCUUUGAGCUUGUUUGCCGUGGAAAAUAGAAACGAUGCUGGAAUAUAUUUCAUUUUAGCAACAACAGGGCAUCUUUCCCUCUUCCCACUUAUCUUCACAAUGCCAGAAAUGCCAAUUAAAAUGUGCCUCAUGCUGUUCUUCACUGUAUAUAGUUUCUCUGCUCUGAAUGCUUUAUUCAGGAACGAAGGAACACUUCUAAACUGGUCUGAAUGCAUUUACCUCAGUGGUCUUAUCCCCCUGGAAGUUAUUUGCGAGAUCAUCUACCCUCAUACGCGCUGGCAUGAGAGGUUCCCCUUUCUCCCAUUGAUGUUUCUCUCCGUGUAUUGUUCACUGGGAAUUACCUACGCUUGGAUCAAACUGUAUAUUUCAGUCCUCAGGGAGCCGACAUUGGUUAAGAAGAUGAAAGUAAUAUAGUUAAUGGAUUUGUUCAACUUGUGAAUGUGUUAUUCAUUUGGAGUUGUGUUACAUGAAUCAUGAUAGAAUCAUGGGCAAUAAAGUAAUUAUGGGUGAAAUACUGGAAGCCAAAAUGUCACUAACAAAUUAUGAAUGCUAAUUAAAAUUACAGUACUGAAACUGUGAUGUAGAUCUUAUUCUGUGAUCGACAGAAUGUAGGGAAGAGCAUGAAUUUUCCAAUGAUCUUUUUCUUGUUUUUAUAACAGCACCUAAUAUUGUGAUGGUGUUGCGUUUUUAAUGAAUUAUGAAUUUUAAUUUCACAAUCCCAUAUUUUUGACCCAUUCCUGUGAAUCAUAAAUGUUGCUCUCCUAUGCAUAUCUCCUACACAUUGGAUGCUAUGUGCUUCCAAUGUGUUCUGCAAUGCAUAAAAAAUAUGCAUUUCUAUCUAUUUUUAACAUAUGUUAUGAAACAAGUCUGUAUCAUUCCUGUAAUACCUGCAUUCAUUUUUUCCUUAAAGGAAGUUGAUGUGUUUAUACGAGUUUGUUCUUGGUUGGGUAUUUUUUUAAACAAACGUGUUAAAGAUAAAUUUAAGAACCAAAAAUAAUUCUGUUAUGAAUACAGUGGUCAUGAGUCAAUGUAAAUGUUACAUGGACAAGUAUGUGUUUUGUAAAUAUAAAAUCCUUCAGUAUAUUUAAAUUAAAUCGUGUUGGAGAAA